AUGGUUGAUGAGAAUUUCCCCAAGUUUAUCCUGCUAGCUUUAACUGAUGCUGAUUUCUGUGACACAACUAAGUGUUUAGCUAAGCAAGGGUCAACUAUAUUUCUAGCCAAAAACGAGAAUGAUGAUGGAAUCAUUUUUUAUGCCCCUCGAUAUGUAGGAGUAUCGAUUACUUAUAACUGGCGUUGUAUGCUAUCGGAGUAUGGAAGAUUAUACCAAGCAGCAGAUUGGACAUGGAAGAUAACUACAAGAGAAUUAGGUUUUGAUAUCGAGCUUGUUUUGAAACAAGAGAAUUCAGAAAAUGUGAUUGCGCAGAAGCACAUGCAUAUCUUCGCUCCUAGAACUCGUUUUGACGUUGUUCAAGUAGCAUUGCUCUUGAGUCAAGUUUCUCCUCCAUGA